UAUAAGUGGUCAUUUGAUGACAAACUGCGGUCAGACGACCACGUUAUCUUAAACAUUGUUAUAAUAUACUUCCUUAUAUAAGUACAUUACAUUGUUAAUAAAAUAAAGACAUAAGCAUUGACGUUAAAAACCAUGUCGUGGUUUGAAACAGUAAAAAAUGUAGCUAAAACUGUUGCAAAGAAUAUAGCAACUCCGUCGGUUUCUAGUUCUUUAGCUGGUGGUGCAAGUGCUGUUCCUGAUCAUCAUAGCGGGUGGUGGAGUGUUCUUAAUAGACCCAGCACGUCUGGUAAUAGCUCAGGUGAAGAUUCUAGUGAAUCUGAAAUUGAUAGUGAGAGGCUUGAUGUAGCAAGUGGAUCUACAGUUGAAGUGACAACUAGAGCAAGAUACACUUAUGAGCUAGACAGAUUUCAAAAGAACGCCUUGUUGAUGUUUGUGCAAAUGAAAAGCGAGCCACCAGGGAGUAGCAGAGUAGAAGAAACGACGACUCAAGAUAUAAACGUAAUCCUGGAUACCCUCACCGGUUUUCGGUUCGAAGUGAACACACACAUCGAUCUCACUUGUAAUGAAAUUGAUAAUAAAUGUCAGGAAUUUUUUCAAGAAAACUUUACCGAGUACGGUGCGGUUAUCGUGGUUGUUCUCACAUUUGACGGCACAGCUGGACAGUUAUCGGCGCUAGACGGCCGAUUUUCAGAAUCGAUCAUUUUGCGUCACUUGACUGACAAUUUGAAUCCGACACUGCUUGGCAAACCUAAAAUAUACAUUACCGAGGCCAAUCGGAUAAUAUCCUCGGAAAACGGAUUCCGGCUUAUUUCUGUAUCAUUGGAAGAACAUCAAGAUAUUUUGGGAUUUCACUUACCAACCAUGGAGCAUCAAUCUAUGAUACGACGUCCACUCCUGCUUUUAUGCGAUAACAUCAAACAUAUGGCUGAUACUCAUGACUUUGCCACUAUAUUAAAGAAAUCUGCAGAAAACAUUGCAAACGAGGCAAAUUCCGCAUUUGUGGAUAAUCCUAUAGAAUAUUGCAACAAGUUAACAAAAGAGAUGAUAUUAGCGAGAUCUUGAAUUAUCACAUCGGUCUCAUUACUGUUUUUUGCAUGUCUUUACCCAUCACUGAACCAUGGUGUUCCGAACAUUUGGGAGCAAAGCGCAGAGCCAAAACCAACACGCAGAGUCCCUUUUGACACUUUGAUGAGGUGUAAAGAGUACACCGAUCCCUUAGCCCUUAACUGUCGGCCCGAUUCGAACUUUAAGGUACGUCAAAUAUUCAGAUAUGAAACACACCCAAAGGCGGCGAUGGCUAUGGUGUAAGGACUAUUAAGAGUUGAUGGAGUUGACCUGAUGAAAUUGACUAGGUUAUUGGGUGAAAGCGAUGGACUUAAGACUGGGCUAUGGGAUAAAAACCCGACACCUGCCUAAUAAAACGGUAUACAAUUUUAUCUCCGGCAGACGCGUACGGUGUUCAUUUGGGGAUUUGUAUUUAGAAGAAGAAGAAAUCUUGAGCGAAAGGGUUGAUUUCCGGGGUAAAACCUAUCUUAUGUCCUUUUCCGGGACUCAAUCUAUUUCCAUACCAAAUUUUAUUUAUCGGUUCAGCAGUUUAAGCGUGAAGGGGACAGAUAGACCUUAGGUUGUAGUAAUUCUUGUAACAAAAUUAAGUAAAAAAGCAUGUUGUUUAACGUUUUAAUGUGAAAAAAAAAUGUGUGAUGUGUGUGAUAAAUGAAACAUUACUUUUAUAUUAUACUGACUUGCAAAAACAGCAACAGGUGUUGAAAAAUAAACCAUGCGUAACAUUGA